AUGGCAACUGCGAGGAUCAACAAAAUAGACUCUGAACAAGCCAAGAUUCAAGAACAAGCGCUCGAAAACGCUAUUAACCUAAAAAAGAAAAAGAGAUUAGCUGACCAAAAAGCAAAUAAUAUAUCUAAAAAACAAGCAACAUCACAAGAAUCAGCGCCAACAGCAUCCAUUCCUACAACAAAUAGAUUCUCCCCACUAAGCUCAAGUGAGGAUGAGGAAGAUGAAAUACUCGAAAACAUGGAUUUCACAGAGAAUAAUAAACAUGACAAACAACAAAAAACUGUACCAAUAGUAAUCAACACCUCUAUAAAGCAACAAACAACAGUCAAGACCACAGUAGAAGAAAUUCAUGCCAUAUCUAACACUGCAACAGUUAAAUAUGCCAAAGAAAGCAUCACAAUAUAUACCACAGAUCAAACAUCCUACCAAGCUAUCAGGGAUUACCUCACAACUCGGUUGAUACAACAUCACACUUACACGCAAAAAGGCAACAAAGAAAAGAAACUGGUCAUCAAGGGAUUUCCAACGAUAUCACCUGAACAAAUUGCCCAAAGUUUACUGAACCAAGGCAUAGAUACUAAAAAAGUAUCACAGAUGAAAACUGUCAAAAACAAACCAAAGCGCCCCCUACCAGCAACACCAACCUACAACGAGUUCAACUUCCCGGACCUACCUAGAAAAAAUCAACAUCCACCGUGGAGUAUCCAGCCACCAGCGAGUAGCACAAACCCACCAGUAAGUAAAAAAUUAAUAACAACUAACGGAAACCCUAAUUACAUAAAUGACCUUAGCGAACUAUUAAGAGACUUUAACGCAAAACAUACUACUUGGCACUGCAAAAGCAAUAACACUAAUGGCAGAACAAUUUAUAAAUACACGAUCAACAACCCAGUAGCAGUACUAACACCCGACCGAUAUACUCUCUAUCCUUCCAACUCGGGAAUACCUAGCGUUGUCGAUUUUGCCCUGACCAAAAGCUUACACACAAACGCACCUGUUGAAACACUCAACGAACUAGAAUCCGACCACAUGCCAAUCCUUCUGACACUAGGAGAUCUAAAUGAUCCCAGACAUGUGCAACAAAUGUUCUCAAACUACAAAAAAGCUGAUUGGCCUUUAUUUCGACAAACCAUAAAUGACAAUCUUAUUAUUAAUAAAAGCCUUAAAACCCAACAAGACGUCUGCGAUUAA